AUGGGUAACCAGCAGUCCAACAUCAGUGGAGGCCCCGGGGGCGAUGGAAGAGAUGACAAGGACAAGAAGGUAAUGCCAAACGAUUGUGAUCAUUAUCACCUCGAGCCCUGUUCGCUGACCAACUUCCUCGUGCAGAAGGACAAGCCCAAGUACGAGCCGCCUCCACCACCGACCACUCGCAUCGGUCGCAAGAAGCGCAGAGCUGCCGGUCCCAGCACUGCGGCCAAGCUCCCCGAUAUCUACCCCACGUCACGAUGCAAGCUACGAUAUCUCCGAAUGCAACGAGUCCAUGACCACCUAUUGCUGGAAGAGGAGUACGUGGAGAACAUGGAACGCCUGCGUAAGACCAAGGCGCAGGCGACGCAGGAUGCCAACCGCGGCGACUUCGAUAUCAUGGACCGGAACGCCGAUGAGAGAGGCCGAGUCGAUGACAUGCGAGGCAGCCCCAUGGGCGUGGGCAACCUGGAAGAGCUGAUUGACGAUGACCACGCCAUCGUCUCGAGUGCCACGGGCCCCGAGUACUACGUGUCUAUUAUGUCUUUCGUCGACAAGGAUCUGCUCGAGCCUGGCGCCAGCAUUCUCUUGCAUCACAAGUCGGUGUCGGUUGUCGGUGUGUUGACGGAAGAGUCCGACCCGCUCGUGUCGGUGAUGAAGCUCGACAAAGCGCCCACGGAGUCGUACGCGGAUAUCGGUGGUCUGGAGCAACAGAUUCAGGAAGUUCGAGAAUCCGUCGAGCUGCCGCUGCUUCACCCAGAGCUGUACGAGGAGAUGGGUAUCAAGCCGCCCAAGGGUGUCAUUCUCUACGGUGCGCCGGGUACCGGAAAGACGCUACUUGCGAAGGCCGUUGCAAACCAGACCAGUGCCACUUUCCUCCGUAUUGUCGGUAGUGAGCUUAUCCAGAAAUACCUUGGUGAUGGCCCGCGCUUGGUGCGACAGAUUUUCCAGGUUGCUGCGGAGCACGCCCCGUCUAUCGUGUUCAUCGACGAAAUCGAUGCCAUUGGUACGAAGCGUUACGAAUCGCAGUCGGGUGGUGAACGAGAAAUUCAGCGGACCAUGCUUGAAUUGCUGAACCAGCUGGACGGUUUCGAUGACCGUGGUGAUGUCAAGGUCGUCAUGGCCACCAACAAGAUCGAGACCCUGGAUCCUGCCUUGAUCCGUCCUGGUCGUAUUGACCGAAAGAUUCUCUUCGAGAACCCAGACCAAAACACGAAGAAGAAGAUCUUUACGCUGCAUACCUCGAAGAUGUCCCUCGGCGACGAUGUCGACCUCGACGAGUUCAUCAACCAGAAGGACGACCUUUCUGGUGCCGAUAUUCGUGCCAUCUGUACCGAAGCCGGUCUGAUGGCCUUGCGAGAACGCCGUAUGAGGGUCCAGAUGGACGAUUUCCGUGCCGCCAGAGAACGAAUCAUGAAGACGAAGCAGGAUGGUGGUCCUGUCGAGGGACUGUACUUUUUCGACGAGGAAGCGUUCAAGAAAUUCUUCCCAACUAGCUUUGGGAAACAAGGAAAAACUACCAACGUUAACGCUCAGAUAGAUGUGUCGAAGCGGGCAAACAUUUCCGUCAAGCCGGUUGAAGGUGAACAACCAGGCCUAGUCGGAGACGCUGAGACGGACACCAAAUCUGACGCAGAACUGAAGAAAGACAUUGACAACGAUGAUAGCGACGACGAUGAUUCAGAUGACUCCGACGACGAUUCCGAUGACGAGGACGAGUUCCCCGUCUCCCACGAGCUGCUUCUCAAAACCCAUGACCGAGCCGUGACAACGUUGACGGCCGACCCGUCCGGGUCGCGACUGAUAACAGGCUCGACCGACUGCUCUGUGAAACUCCAUGACUUUGCGUCCAUGACGCCGUCGACGGUGCGCGCCUUCAAAUCCGUCGACCCCUCCGAGAAAAAGAACUCCGCCGCCCAGGAAGCGCACGCCGUGCAUUAUGCCGCCUUCAAUCCUCUGUCGCCGAGCUACGUUCUGGUCGUUACCGCGACGCCGCAGCCCCGAAUCUUGAAUCGCGAUGGAGAAGUGGUCACCGAGUUUGUCAAGGGAGAUAUGUAUCUGAGGGAUCUACACCAUACCAAGGGCCAUGUUUCGGAGGUGUCCAGUGGAGCGUGGUCGCCUACGGACGAAAACCUGUGCGUCACCGCGGGAUCGGACAGCACGGUCCGCAUAUGGGACGCCAACGUCGGCCGGUCCCAGAAGGAGGUCAUUGUUCAUAAAUCGAGGGUCGCUGGAUCCGCUGGUCGGAGCAAGAUGACCGCCGUUUCAUGGGGCUCGCCGAAGCAAGGAGGUCCUAACGUGCUCGUUGCCGCUGCCCUGGAUGGUAGCUUGGUGAUGUGGGGUGGAGAUGGACCGUUUACGCGGCCUAGCGGUGAGAUUCGGGAUGCGCAUACUCGGGAUACGUGGACGAGUGGCAUCGACAUCAGCGUCGACGGGCGACUUGUGAUCACCAAGGGCGGCGACGACACCAUCAAACUCUGGGAUACAAGGAAGUUCAAGCAGCCCAUCACGACUGUCGCGCAUCCUUCCAGUUCGUUCCGAUACCCCACGUCUAAUAUCGUCUUCUCGCCUACGUCUGCGAACGUCCUCACAGGGUCGGAAACCGGCCACCUGCAUAUCUUGAACCCGGCUACGUUGAAACCGGAGCUGGUCACGCCAGUCACCCCUGGGUCGCCUCUGAUCACCGUUCAGUGGCAUGAGAAGCUCAACCAGAUCAUGACCGGCUCUGCCAAUGCGGAAACCCAUGUACUCUACAACCCCAACACCUCCACCAAAGGUGCCGCCAUGGUCAUGUCCAAGGCACCCAAGCGCCGUCAUAUCGACGACGACCCGAACCUCACCAUGGAUCUCACUCAAGGGCUGUCGGGAGAUUCUAUCGUCACCGGAUCGAAUGGCAUACCACAUUAUAGCUCGUCUACUCGGGCCUCGCGACACCCGAAUGUUGGCAUGACACACUCUGGUCGGCCCAAGGAUCCCCGACGACCCCAUCUGCCGGCCCAAACGCCAUUUGCGAAGUCGCAGCCGGAUGAGAGGCAUAUCCGGGAGAACAUUCCACUUAGUUCCAUGCGUGACGAAGAUCCGCGAGAAGCUCUGUUGAAAUAUGCAGACAAAGCCGAAAAGGACCCGGUCUUCACCAAGGCGUGGAAGGAGACACAGCCGAAGACGAUCUAUCGGGAACUCAGCGACGAUGAGGAGGAACCGGAGAAGAAGAAAGCGAGGCGGUAA